AUGAGUACCCCUAUGGAAAUCGAUCUACCCGCUGGUUCAAAAGCUAGUGGAAAAGCUAAAGACACAGGAAAGAAACGUUUUGAAGUGAAAAAGUGGAAUGCGGUUGCAUUAUGGGCAUGGGCUUUUGAUUUUUCUGUAAUGUAG